GAGAGAGAGUUAAGAAUAAGAUGGAAAGGGUGUUCUCAGUUGAUGAAAUAUCGGAGCCAUUUAUUCUGCCGGCGGCGAAGAAGAUGGAUGAGUUGACGGUGAAGUCAACGAUGAAUCGCAGCGCUUCAGAGUGGGCGUUCCAACGGUUUCUGCAAGAAGCUUCUUCGGCAGUAUCAGCAACAGUGGCGUCGCCGUGUUCUUCGUCGUCUUCUGUGGUUGAGAUCAAACAGGACCUCUCCCAAAACAUGGAAACCAAGCCUCUUCAAAACGGCACCACCGUUGCCGUUUUGCCCAAUGCCACUGCUUCUUCUUCUUCUUCUUCUGUCGCCGUUGAUUCAGAGGAUUACCAAGCUAUCCUUAAGACCAAGCUCAAGCUCGCUUGCGCCGCCGUUGCUUUGACCAGGGGAUCUUUGGUAAAAUCUCAAGUUCCUGCCUCAUUUUCUGAAUGUACAUCACAGGCAACUAAUCUUUCUCAAGUUGCAUCUCAUGCUACUUUAAAAGGAUCUGGCCCUUCUGGAAAUGAUUCAUCUAAAGUACAAAAUAAAGAUGCCAAAGUACCAGUUGGGAUUCCUUCCUUAUCUGGUGUGCAAAAUAAUCCUGCUGUUGCAAUCAGAUCAACCACAAGUGGAUCAUCUAAAGACCAGUCAGAUGAUGAGGAAGCUGAGGAAGAGAUUAAUAUGACUGACAACAUGGACCCUACUGAUGCAAAACGAGUAAGGAGGAUGCUUUCUAACAGAGAGUCUGCAAGACGCUCAAGACGAAGAAAGCAGGCUCAUUUAACCGAGCUUGAGACACAGGUUUCUCAAUUAAGAGGUGAAAAUUCAUCAUUGUUAAAGCGUCUAACAGAUAUUAGCCACAAAUACAAUGAUGCUGCUGUUGACAACAGAGUAUUGAAAGCCGAUGUUGAAACCUUAAGAGCAAAGGUAAAGAUGGCUGAAGAAACUGUCAAAAGAAUUACUGGGUUGAAUCCAAUGUUUCCAGCCAUGGCUGAUUUAUCAUCAAUCAGAAUGUCAUCAUUUGAUGGAAGCCCUUCUGAGACAUCAACUGAUGCAGCAGUUCCUGUUCAAGAAGACACGAAUCGUCACUUCUUUCAACGCACUUCAAACAAUCCUAUGUCGAGCCAUGAUCAUGGAGUCAACAAUUGGUUGGCAGACGUAUCUUCAGACGAAAAUGUGCAGCAUAACGCUACCGCAUCGCCUGGUGGGAACAAGAUGGACCGAACAUCUUCCUUGCCAAGGGUGGCUAGCUUGGAACAUCUUCAGAAGCGAAUCCGUAGCAAUACGGCUUCAUCUGCUCCUGUUUCUAAUGGAAAGCACCAAUAAAAAUAGCGAUGUUAAACAAUCCCCUUAACCGCGAAAUCAUUAAUAAAUAUUAUUUUCACUAUCUAUAAGCAAAGUUCGAUUCUUGACACCAUUUUACUUUGUAAAUGAAUUUGACGUUUCUUAGGAUGAUUGGGCAUAUGAUGCUUUCAGUUUGGAGUACAAAUGCACGCUUGUAGAGUUAGCUUCUUCACUUCAGAAAUGCAGAAUUGUAUAUCUGUUACUUCA